GUUAAAAUGGCCAAAACGAAGAAGAACAAAAAAGGAAUGGCAGAAGCAAUUGCCGCAAAGAAGGGUGGAAUUGUCAAAUUAAAUCCUUUUGAUAUUCGAACUGUUAGAACGAAGCAGAAGGUUCUGGGACGGAAAACUAAGAAUGAUAUUGGUAAACCUGGCGUAGCUAGAGCUAAAGCUAUCCAAGUGAGAAAAGAAACUUUGUUACAAGAAUACAAGAUGAAGAACAAGAGUAACAUGUUCCUAGACAAGAGGAUUGGGGAGAAGGACAAUAAUCUGUCUGCAGAGGACAAGAUGAUUGCCAGAUACACAGCUGAAAGGCUUCGGGGGUCCGGUAAACAGUCAAUAUUUAAUCUUGGAGACGAAUACGAUCUAACACACGGCGGAACUAAAGUAGAAGAGAUCGACAAGUUCGACAAUCCAUACAGCGACGACGAUGCGGAGGAGGAAGAACGACUCAAUGCCAAGUUUGUUGAAGAGGCACAUUUUGGUGGUUUCAUGACAAAAACUGAUGACGAAUUUAAGGAGGGGAGAGGAAACACGAGGAAGGAAUGGAUCGAAACAUUGAUAAAAGAAAGCAAGAAAAGAAAAGCAGAUAAGCGGAAGCUGGACGAGGAGACAGAGGAAAAGACGAAUGAAUUGGACGACAACUGGAAACAGCUGUUUGGAUCAGUUCGAAGUUCAUCGAUGAUUCGUCGACGGGAUGAGGUUGAGGAGAAGGUAAACGCCGACUAUGAUCCAUACGACAUGUUGGUUCGCCAGCUCACAUACGAGAAGAAGGAGGCUAGAGGAACAGAUAGAUUAAAGACAGAGGACGAGGUUAUUAAAGAAGAGAAGGAAAAACUGGACAAACUAGAGCAAGACAGAUUGAAAAGAAUGAGAGGAGAAAAGGAAAAUGUAUCCUCCAAAUCUUCAAUAAAUGUCGAAGACAUGAAUGAUGGGGAAGUGAAGAAAAAAAAUAAAAUGAGUAAAAAAGAGAAAAGAAAAUUGUUAAAGCAACUGCUAUCAGGGGAAGAGGGUGCUGAAGAGGGGGACGAAGGAAGUGAUGAAGAGGAGGAAGAAGCAGAAGAUGAGAGUGAUGGGGAAGAGGAAGAAGACGAGGAGGACAGUGAUGAAGGUGAGGAGGAGGAUGAAGAUGAGGACAAAUACUCCGACCUUGAGGAAGAAGACAAGGAGAUUGAUGAGAAUGAGAAAGAUAGACUUGAUGCUGAGAUUAAGGACAUGAUAAAGAAAGCUAGUGCUGAACUCCCCUACUCAUUCACUGUUCCCUCAACUUACGAAGAGUUUAAUUCUCACAUUACAGGACGCAGUGUAGAUGAAAUUAAACUAGUUCUGGAAAGAAUUCUAAAAUGUAACCAUCCAAGCCUCGGUGAGGGAAAUAAGGAUAAACUUGCAGCAUUUUUCCCUCUCCUACUUCAAUUUAUCCAGGAUUGUGCAGCAGCAUUCGAUGAGGAGUCCAGCGGGGAUUAUAAUCUGGAGAAAAUAGGACUAAAAGCUAUUGAGGUGACAAUUCCGUUCCUGUUCCAGUUGACCAGCAUGUUCCAGCUCCAGGCUGCCAAAGCUGUUCAGGAAGUAGUGGCUGAAAAGUUCAGGGAUUUCGAUUCGCAAACCAGAAAAUCAAUCCCAGGAUUGGAAACUUUAAUUUUCUUAAAGCUGGCCAUCAUUUUGUUUCCGGCCAGUGAUUUCCGACAUCCGGUUGUAACUCCAGUCUUGACCUUUAUGUCCUCUAUACUAUCUACAGCUCGGCCGCUGGAUAGGCCAACCUUUGCCGGAGGACUCUUUCUAGCCAGCACACUCACAGAAUGUGUCAUGCUCUCAAAACGGUUUAUUCCUGAGCUCGUAAAUUUUCUCUCUGGUAUUUAUCAUGUGUGUAGUAAAAAUCCUGCUCCAAGACCAGUCCCCCCAUGCAAGGGAGGGGCUCUCCUUCUACUGGAAACCCCCUACUCUGGACCUGUGGAUAAACUUAAGAUAUGUGAGAUCACAUCUGUUAGAGAAAUGGAUACCAAGUUCAAAGUUUCUUGCGUUCACAGUGCAAAUCGGAUAACAAUCAAACUUCUUCAUCUAUAUCGUGAUAUUCCAGCUGCUUCAGAAAUUUUCGGAUCACUGUCUACACUACUAGGUCAUAUAAUGAGGGAACAUUAUCCUUCAGAAACCCGCGAAAAAUUUGACGAAAUUCUGGAAUUGAUCCAGAAUCUACCAGGCAAGCAGGGCGCUGUUGUGAGACCAGCGAAGCAGGUUAAAAUGCUGAGAAUGAUGGAGCCGAAUAUUGAGGAAGAUUUUAAACCUUUUGAGAAGAAGAGAACAGGAGAUAAAACUUUGUUGGAGGAACAGAAGCUCAGACACAAGGUCAAGCAGGAGAAGAAGGGAGCCAGGAAGGAGAUUAGGAAGGACGUUGCCUUCCUUGCCAACCAGAAGGACAAGGAGCGCAGAGAGUUGGACGAGGAGAGACGAGGCAGGACGAAAGCUCUCAUGUCAAGUCUUGCAAACCAGGAGGGAGACUAUCAGACCGUUGAACGGAAAAAGAAACGAAAAUUCUAAUUUUUAUUCAUUUCAGAAAAA